AGAGACCAACAUCGCAUAUUACUCGAGCUCUUUCCCAUUUUUCAACACCCGCCAUAAUAGGGGAAUGCUGUCCUCAAUUCCGCUGAUAGCCCCUCGAGAUGUACGUGCUGCUUUUCUCCCCGCAAUCCUCACGCAAAUAUUUAUCUCUGCUAAGGUUUGACACUUAGGCGCAUACUCUUUGGUACAUUCCGACCUCAACGUUCUCCUUCACUCCAUUCUCCCCCAACAGCACAACACCCCAAUCGCUCUCGUCCCCCCCCGUCUCGCAGAACAUCCAUCCAAGUGCACUCCCAAACUCCCAGUCUCACCCCUCAAGAUUUAGGACCCCAUCUAUUUCCCCUUUGACCCAACUGGCACUAGAUGAAGAGUCGGUAUAUCAGCGUAAAGUAAAUAUUCAGCGUUUCGGGGCAACAUGGAUCAAGCCGCCCGGCAUACUAAAAACUUAUCAGGUUGAGCUGGAUGAAGAGAAGGAACGAAGGGAAGCGGAAAGACAGGCAAUGAUGGAGGAUGUGGAAGUCACUGGCGAAGAUGGAGUGUUUGACGAGACGGCUGGUGAAAUUGCAGUGGAGGGUGAUGAGGGCGAAACCGGAGCAGAUUUGGACGCUGAUAUCCCAGAAGCGGAGAGCUAUGAUGAAGACGAUCAUGAAGAUGAAGAGGAGGAGGACGAAGACGAUCUUGAUGAUGGCUUGGAUCUAGAUGGGCAUGGAGAUGGGGAUGAGGUUGAUCUGGAUGCUGAAGUCCCGGAGGCUGAGACGGAGACUUUGUGGGAUGAUAGCGAUGAAGACGACGAGGAUGAAGAGGACUACGAGGAUGAAGGAGAGGAAGAAGAGGGAACCCAGGGGGCCGAUUCUAGUCCUCAUCAGGCCAUUUACUCACACGACGAGCACUUUGGACCUCCUGACUCUAGGGUUGAGCAGAGGCUCAGGCAAUACCCAAGGAGGUCUUUGGUCAGGAGUGACGAUGGGAUGGAGAUGGAUAGUGAUUAAGUUACGCCCUGGUAGUGCCCCAUAAUUAGUUACUCAAUCGCUGUGGGCGGCAGAGUUAGUAACAUCGGGCUGAAGGCUUUCAUGGCUUUGGUUGGUUGUGCGGUAUAGUUUUGGUGGGGUUUUGACGUACCCGGACAUCUUAUGACUCUGUUCUCUGUUCGUAAUAACUGUUAAACGAUAUCCGUUUCGGUCGAGGCUCCUCAGCUAUCUACACGAGUGGUAAAUGGUGGCGGCUGUUACACCAUUGCAGACCUAAAAAUUACUUUAGAUAUCAUACUAAUCAUCGUCAUCCAUCAAUUCUGCCAACUCUCUCUCUUCUUCCUCUGUGAGAAGUCCCUCUUGCCUUUCCUGCACCGGUUCCUCUUUUAUCCCUUGCUCUUGUCGCUUUUUCUCCUCCACGGCUUUCUUCAUAUCUACAGCCCGCAGAGGCCACUUCCGCACUGUCCUGUCAAUUGAUAUGCUAGCCACCAUCUCACCUUUGCCGACGAUAGCUAGGCCUGUGACCUCUUCGAUAUGUCCAUCAUAUAUGUGAUAAAGUUCGCCAGUCUGAUACCAGGUCAGGAUCUGAGACGUAACCUAGUGAAGGGGACUGCCUACACUGAUAUCCCAUACUCGGACUUUUUCAUCUCUACAAGCCGUAAUAACCCACCUUCCUCUCGGCUCUACAACCACAUCGUUAACGUAGUCAGGGUGUUUUAGAACAGUAUCGCUCCGGCUAGCAUCGUCCUCUUUAACCUCAGUUCGGAUAUCAAUUCUCCGAGCAGUAUUAUCUGCAGAUGCAGUCCACAUGUCCGCGUCUUCUCCCUGAAAUCUGAUCGUAUUAACACUGGUGUCGUGUUCCGCGAUAGAUUCUCUGCUCUCGGUAGCUGCGCUGACGUUUGCAUACGGGAUCUCCCAGCGCUUGAUAUCCCUCUCACUGCCACCGGAGUAGAUAAUGGCGGUCUCUGAAUUUGAAGCAACUGGAUCUACUGCAAGUGCCCCCACCGCUCUAUUAUGCCCCUUCAAAGUACUCAAUUUCUGACCUGUCCCGGCGUCCCAAAUUAUGACUGACGCAUCGCUUGACCCAGAGAAGAGCAGCCCGCCCUCGUGUUUCGGGGAAGGAAGAAAGAGAAGGCUCUUUACAAAAUCUGAGUGGGCGGCAAAGGU